CACAUAUUUUUGUUAUACACGAAAAGAAUUGGUCUGGCAACACUGUAAGCGCAAGAAGAAGACAGCGCACAUGUUUUGUGUUUGAAUUCAGGGUCUUUCGACUUUCCAUUGUUUUUUUUUUAUAAAGCCCUAAAUCCGGCUGAAAAUGGGAGGCCAUCACAAAAAGAACCUGCGAGCGGAGAAGGCCAAGGUGAAGCUGAAGGGCGCCAAGCUGCCCAAGGGCCUCAACGUCACGAAGACGGACUUCAAGGUGCGCAAGAUCCAAAUCCAGGAGCAGCUGAAGGAGUCCUCCUACACGGAAACGGGCCAGCGGCAGUUUAAUUUGAAGGAGACACUGUCACGUCUGAAGCACCACAGUGUUAAGUUCCGCACGGAUGCACUGCGAAAUAUCCGGGACUCCUUAAAGGCCGGCAAUGCGGAUCACUUGAUUGGUCAUCUGAACGCCCUGUUCCAGGGCAUUGCGGCCGGCGCCUUGGACAUGGAGCAGUCGGCGCGCCAGGAGUCGUUCAAGACACUCGAUGUCCUGCUGGAGGCCCUGCAGCCAUCGGCUGUGGCACCGUUCUUCCACGUUAUUGCCACGUACCUGCGCUGCGCGAUGACCCAUGUCUUGCCCGCCAUCCAGGAGGAUUCGCUGCUGAUGCUGGACGUUCUGCUGGUUCGUGUGCCGCCCGAGCUGCUGGCGGAACGGAAUGCCAGCGUCAUCAUCGGCAAUUUCAUCGACAUGAUCUCCCGCUCACGGCACGACAACGAGCGUUCCAACCGCACACUAACGCUCAAUCUCGGCCAGGGCAAGCAGACGACGGUCAAGUGGCGCACCAAAGUGUUGAUCCGUCUCCAGCAGAUCCUUAGCACCCUGGUGCUACACAAGAGCUCCAAGACUACAGCCCCAGUUCGCGUCGUUCACUUCGAAGAGAUGCGGCCGCAGUACUACAAUGUGCUAUGUCCCCUUCACCAGGAUAACCGCGACCUGCACGCCAUCCUCAACGAGUCGAAGCUGAGUGCCGAGGGCAGCCAGCUGCAGGUAUACCUGGAGCAGCUAAUGCCUCUGCUUCAAGACAACUGGCUGGAGGUGCGACCGCAGCCGCAACAGCCACUGCUCGCCCAGGAUGCAGCGGCUAGUCUGCACGUGGUGGUGGGUCUGAUGAGUCUCCUCUGGACACUGAUUCACCAGCACGAGGUCAACCAUAGCACACGGGAGCUAAGCACUUGGAUGCGGACAAACUAUGCGCAAAAGUUCCUGCUCAACUUCCUGGCCAAGGAUGGAAGCCGGUUUCCCUACCAGCAGAUUCCUGCCACCGGAAAGAAGGCAGCCAAGGCCAAGGACAAGGGACCCGCGGAUGGUGGUGAGCUCUGCCUGCCGCAGAACCUGACCAUUGUUCAGCUGACCUGCCAGUUCCUGCCGCAACCCAGGGAUAAGCACUCCCAAUUGUUCGGCCACCUCGCCUCCUACGUGCAGCAGAGCCUGGAGCGUUUGAGUGCCCUACCGCCAGAACAACAACUGCUUCUGGUGGCAUCGCUGCGUGCCCUGCUCCUGGAGAAUGCCAAGCUCUUGCUGGUCGUCGCAGCGGACUCCCUGACUAGCCUGUUAAGUGCUGCAAUAGAGGCCUAUGUGGGCCAGCGCUUCACCACGCGCGAGGGCGUGGCCACCCGGGUGCUGAGCCUGCUGUGCGAGAUCGUUCAGAGUUCAAAUUUGUACGCCAGCUACGGCGGCGCCACGAGAUUCGCCGCUUUCCUGGGUUAUCUGCCCGUGUUGCUGCUCAAGCCAACUGUGGGUGAGGGUACGCUGCUGGCCAUGGCCACGCUCUGUCGCCAGCUAAACGUUGUCUUCAUGGAGGCUUUGAUUCAGUCCGCCGGCCAGGUGAUCAGUCAUCUGCCAAACCUGCAUGUCACGGGAGACAAUGACGCGAGUGAUCGCUUUGAGAGUCAGAAGCGCAUCUUAAACCUCUUCUACUAUGCUAGGUCGUUGGACAAAGGUCAGUUGGAUCGGGCCCUUAAAGAGCUGGAACAGCAGGCGGAGAGUCAACGGAUUGCCGGUUACCUAAAGGAUGUGUUGUCCUAUGAUUAGGUAUUCUUGGAGAAAAACUAAGCUAAGCAUCAUUAGUUUAUAAGUUGUAAUAACUUGUUGACCUAUUAAAGUAUAAACUAAA